UGGGAAAAAAGUUUUUGUUCUUUUCCUUUUUUUCCCUUCUCUCAUCGCCUCCCCCUGUUCUACCCAGGGAACAUGGAUCAGGGGCCCUCGAGUCCUGCACUGCGGCUUGGGAGAGCAGGACAUGGCGGAGUGAACCAGCUCGGAGGUGUGUUUGUAAACGGCAGGCCCCUCCCAGAUGUAGUUCGACAGCGAAUAGUCGAACUCGCCCACCAAGGGGUUCGGCCCUGCGACAUCUCACGCCAGCUACGAGUCAGCCAUGGAUGUGUCAGCAAGAUACUGGGCAGGUACUAUGAAACGGGCAGUAUCCGCCCCGGGGUGAUCGGGGGAUCCAAACCAAAGGUUGCUACUCCCAAAGUGGUCGACAAGAUCGCUGAUUACAAACGCCAAAACCCCACCAUGUUUGCCUGGGAGAUCCGGGACAGGCUCCUGGCCGAGAGAGUGUGUGACAACGACAGCGUCCCCAGUGUCAGCUCCAUCAACAGGAUCAUUCGGACAAAGGUUCAGCAGCCGCCCGGCCAAACAGGCUCAGUGUCGGCUCACAACUUAGCAACGUCCGUGGCAGCUACACAAGUGUCAGCAGUGACCAGCGACUCAGCCGGCUCCUCGUACUCCAUCAGUGGCAUUCUGGGUAUCAGCUCAGCUGCCGACGUGGGCAAGAGGAAGAGGGACGAAGGUUUGCAGGAGUCACCGCUGGCCAACGGGCACGGCCACAGUGGGCGGGACUUCCUCAGGAAGCAGAUGAGAGGGGAGCUGUUCUCGCCACAGCAGAUCGAGGUAUUGGACCGCCUGUUUGACAGACCAUGUCCAAUCCAAUCCAGCUCUCACCUCUAUGUGAGCUCUGACUCUGGCAAGACGUCAGAUUAUUCGGCCAUGGCCUCAUUAGCUGGUGGACUGGACGAGAUGAAGAACAGUUUGGCCAAUCCUGGUACAGGGGCGGAGCUAGGAGCCAGCGUGUCGGGUCCACAGUCCUAUUCACUCGUUCCAGGUCGAGACCUAGCCAGCACAACUCUGCCAGGCUACCCUCCUCAUGUUCCUCCCACAGGACAGGGCAGCUACUCCACCCCCUCCCUCACUGGCAUGGUCCCUGGGGGAGAUUUUUCCGGAAGUCCAUAUUCCCAUCCCCAGUACUCCACAUACAACGAAUCAUGGAGAUUUCCUAACCCCAGCUUAUUAGUGUUUCAGCAGGAUUAUGGGUCUCUCCUGGGGACGGAAAUCGGCUGCUCCUCCAGUCUCUUCACCAGCCAGGCUGGACAGAUGCAAGGGUCUCCGUACUACUACAGUGCAACAUCACGGGGGGCGGGGCCUGCUGCCACUGCAACAGCCUCUGCCUAUGACCGCCACUGACCCCUCCUGCUAAGAGAAGAGGAGGAUGAGGAGAAGGAGACGAGGGAGGGAUGAGGGGACGGAUAGCACCAGCACUGCACAGUACAAACCUGCCUACACAUGGACGACAAUGAGGAUGAAGAUUUCAAAUUUUUGACGUCAGUGAAGUUCAAGUUCAUUUCUUUGACACGUAAGCCAACAAACGCACUGCUGAGCUCCAACACAGACAAACUGUAUGGGUAUGACCUUACUCUGAGGACAGAGGCAUGGCAGUGUCAAUAACUGAUGGUGAUAGGACUGGUCAGAAGCAAAAGAAUAUCCCAUAAUAUAGCAAGGCUUGGUAUCCCUAUCUUGUGUUUAACCAACCAUCUACAAAUCCAAGAAGUCAGUGGACUAAGUGUGCAGCAGUGAUUGAAACUGAAUUGUGAUCUUCUGGGUAAAUUGUGUUUUCAGGUUGAGAAUAUUUUUGAGGAAAUGAUUUGAGUUGAUUAGAGCAAAAUCACUUUUUCAAACAACAAGUCUUUUUAUGCCCCGACAUCAAUCAAUCAAUUUUGUAUGCCAUGUUACAGUGAAGUAAAGACAAUCCAAUUCUCACAACUUUGAAUGACCAAAAUCACCCAUAGCAUUAUCAUUCUAGUCUCUUUACUGUAGAUUCAACACAUUUCCCAUGGGAUCACAAUGCUGAAUAAUAAAUGGGAUACCAUGUUCAGCUUCACAAUUGAGUGUUUGCUAAGCCCCGCCCCCAUUAGUUGCUGUUGCUAUGCCUGUCAAGCUUUCUCUUCUUGCACGGCACAAAUGCAGUUUACAAUGUUACCAGCGGCAGAUUUACCAUCAACGCUUUAAGGUUUUUCUUUCAAACAAGGAAUCCUUUCAGACAGAAGUAGCAACAAAAACAACAUUUCUAGUCGGCUACCAUACAUGUUGCCAACUAAAAACAGUUCCAAAAGCCUGAGCAAAUAUGGCCUAUAGUUUAAUCUAUAAUCACUUUUGCUCUUCUGUUUUUGAUUUUGAAAAAAGGCUGGAAGAUAAGAAUCCGCCCUCCAAACUCUUUAAAUACAGAGUAAGUCUCUUACUACAGCCCCAUGCACACUGCUUGAACAUGUGGAGAAAUCCAAAGCUUGACAGGCCUGCCGUGCCUAGAUAUGGUUGCUAAGCUAUGAUUGGAUUAAUGCUGAUCGGGGGUGAGCUUUAGCAAACGCUCAGUCCCAGGGGUUGUAGCCAGAUCCCAAUGUGUAUCACAGAACAUCUAACAUCCACACUUGCUUUCUAAGUGGUUUGCAGUUUGCCAUUAACUGACGGACAGGCCUUUCAGUAAAAGCACAGCCUAAAAUCUGAGCCCUCUGCUGUAAAAUGAACAGUGAACAUGUUCACAUCAGACCAAAAUCAAAUCCACCAGGGAGUGUUAUUGUACAGGAAGGUGCUAUCCUACCUCCCAAGCCAAGAUUUAGUCCUGAUCAAGAGCUAUUUAUAAUGGGAGGAGACACAGAGUAAUAUAUUAAGAAGCUUUUCUGCGCUGCACUCCGUGAUGAGAGUGAAUGCCUGUAAUGAUUUAUAAUAUGUGUCACGCUGUUGUGCUAGAAUAGUGAUGAUAAUGAUGACGAUGAUGAUAAUGACGAUGAUGAUGAUGACGAUGCAGUGAAAUAUGAAAUCUUAAAAACUUUCAUUAUGAAAAGAAGUCUUUGUUUAUAAAUAUGAUCCGAUUGCGAUUUUCCUGUUUAUAGUUUGUUGCCUGGUACCAGUUGACACAGGUGCCAUUGAAUAAGACGCCAUUUGUAUCUGCUUCCUUAAUAUUGAUAUGAAGAGCCAGGAAGCAAUGGCACCCUCUCUCUGUCUCUCUGUCUCUCUGUCUCUCUCUCUCUCUCGCUCUCUCGCUCUCUUUCUAUUUCUCUCUUUAAACUCCCCAAAGAUGGGCCGCCCCUAGUGGAUCGGCUGACUAACUACAAAAGCACAAAGAGACUCAAUCAUCAUUUAAAGGCGCCAUUUUAAUUUUUUUACUUUCUUUUGAAACCAUUAAUUCUUCUUCUUCUUCUUUUUUUUCUGCUUCUUCUUCUUCUUCUUCUUCUUCUUCUUCUUCUUCUUCUUCUUCUUCUUCUUCUUCUUCUUCUUCUUCUCUUCUUCUAUUUCUUCCUCUUCUGCUUCUUCUUCUCCUCCCCCUUUUGAGUGCUUGUCCUUGUGCUGUUUGACAUUCUGAAAUUGUUACUAUAAAAGCAUUGCUUUCGUGAAAAAACAAGUGAAACUGUUUUAUUUUACUUUUGUUUGUCUCCUACAUCAGUUCUGCGCUGUGACAAUGUAUGACACCAGGGUCGAGGCCUUACCCAUCAUGUACAGACAGAGUAGGACAGUUUUGCCCUUCACUGAUCUGGAAUCAGUGUGUCAUCCCUCUCAAAUGUUUGAGGGUCCACAGUGUUGAUCUUGUGAGAGGGCAAUAUCUUCCUAAACCUGUACGUAACUUCCUGUCUCACUUCUGUCCAUACAAGACUUGUACAGUAAUCAGUGAAUGAGAAGAGAAGUCCAAUGUCAAUAGCAAUUUCAAUUAUUCACAUUUGAAUUUAGAUUUUAGUGAUGAAGCUUUCUUUAUGAUAAAAAAAAUAACUAAGAGGUGUGGUGUUGUUUUAGCCAUCGUCUGCAAGUGUUUACAUUUAUAUUUUUAUGUUUUGGGUACGUGUGGCUGACCGUAGGGAUUCAUUGCUACUGUGUAGUUUUACUAGCUAACAGAUUAAAGGCACCAAAUCUGCAGCGUGAGACAUAAAAUAUCGCUAGAUAAACAUAUACCUAUAAACACUGAACAAAGCUGUUAGUUUCUCAAUCUUUGUUGUUUCUGGGUUUUGAAAUUGUGAUAGAGUUGAUCCUACAUUUUUAAACCUUAAAAGUUGUGUGUACACAACUCUAAAGCAGAUUCUUAUGACGGCUCGCCUGCUGUGCUGCCAGCGUGCACCGCAGCAGGAGCCUUUCCUUAUUUCUGUCUUUCUCUCUUGAUCUUUCUGAGGCAUUAUUGAACCUGAACCACACCAGCUGAAAACAAGGACAGUGCCUUUAGUUUUAUAUGUCAACUCCCCCCUGACUGACCACGCAUCACUAAAACAAGAUUUAGCGUCCCUCCCUGCAACUCCUUAAACAAAACUCUGCCUAUCUGCCCAUGCGAACACAGGGUUGUAGAUUAUAUAAAGCCUUCCACAAAUAAGUAGCAACCAGUCAUUUCCAUGCAAACUUCAGAUAUGAAUUUACAUAAUGUACCAAUAGUAACAUUACAGUUCUAAUAACAGCAUCUAUGACAUUUCAGUCAUAGAUUCACUUAUACAAUUUGUAACAGGGAUGAUGUUGAAAAUACAAAUUGAUCUGAUGGGAAAUAAUCUUAGCAAUCUACAAACGACAUCAGGCGGCUGGACAGUAACAACAAUCAAAAUAUAUUCCAAGGAAGGUCUGUUUCAUUAAAGUCAAAAUAAAGUCAAAGGUGGCACAGGAGUCUUUCCUCAGUAGCGGAGCACUCAAUGCUGCCUCUGGUUCAGUAUAUUUUCCAGCCACCGGUGGCAGCACUGAGUCCUGCCCUGUAAUGACUAAUUGACUCCUUUCUCUCUUAGAAUAAAUAAUGUUUUUAGCCAUGCAACUAUUUCAGGCAUUGCCGUGACAGUUGACACAAACAUUCAUGUUCCCUAAAGAAUGAAUCCCAUCAUGUUGGUCAUCCACUGACUUGUCCUCUAGUUGCUACCAUGAGGAUCAUGUGGUUUUAAGUGGAAAAGAAAAUUCAUGCACCCAACAGGAAACAUUUUACUUUCAUCUCGCGGUAUGGUCUAGUAAAACAUUUAAUUUGUUGAAUACUUUUGUUAAUGCUAAACUAAUAUGGUGAACAUGGUCAACACUGUACCUGUUAGAGUUGUGUUUUUGAGCAUGUUAGCAUUUAGCUCAAUGCACCUCUGUGCCUAAGUACAGAGUCAAAGAGCUGCAAGCGUAGCUGUACACUCGUACAGUCUCUGUACAGUCUUGUUGUUACUUCAUAGCUGUCUGACAUGAUUUCUUUUCCAGCUCCAGAGUUGCUAACAAGAUUUCCUACCAUCCCCUGAGUUAAUAUUUUAACAAUUCUUCAAUAAUACAUUUUAUGAGCGAAUCUCUGACUGAACUUUACAAGUUCUGAGAAAUAUCCAUGCAGGACCGGGAUACGUGAUAUACGUCCCUGGAUCACUGCUAAACAGGACCAACUGGCUUGACAAGAAGUAAAAGAGGUACAAAAUAUACCAAAAGGUCAAGUAAGCUACAGACAUGUUACAAGUCUGUUCAUUAAUAUUGUUUUUUUUUAUCCAACUAGAGCGUCUCAUAGAUGAAUGACAUCCUUUUUCCACACACACACACACACACACACACACACACACACACGCACACACCAACACACGUACACACACACUACUGUAAACAUGAAGAAAUAUUGAUUGAAAGCCGUUCUUCUUGAGGAGGUGAAUCCAGUCGUGCCUCCUGUGUCCGCUCGCGAGAAGCUGCGACACCAAACAGGCCAAAUUCAUUCUCUGGUGUAGCGAAGAGUACAGCCAUGCAUUAACAGGAUUAUUUGUUAACUAUGCAUCUCAUAGUGACACAGCUUGCCUUGCCAUUGCUUUGACCUAAUUGGUUCACAUGGGGAGAGAAUGCGUCCUCAUUGGCCCGCAGUUGUUUCGAUUGGCAGCCGUGACAUUGACUGCAGCGGUGAGGGGGAACUGUCAUUGCGGGUGGUACUGUACGAAGCACGGCGAGCAGAGGCCACACACACACACACACACACACACACACACACACACACACACACACACACACACACACACACAAAUAUAAGUACAGACACACACUCUCUCCCUCCCUUUGUCCUUUGCGGAGUGGUGAUCGCCCCUCCUCUCAUGCCCCUGUGUUCCCCAGGGAAGGCCAAACCUGCUGUGCCAUCAGAAGCUCAUCCCGUCUUUUUUCUUCAACUCCCUCGGCCCUAAUCUCAUCAUAUCUCAUGCACUCGUCCCCCCCCCCCUCCACUCCUCCCCUCCUGUAGCACUGCCACACCACCAGGAUUAGGAAUAUUAAAACUAUUCUGUUGAUUUCAGGCCUGUAACCUUCUUCAAAAAGUCCUCCCUCUUUCUUCAGACAGCCCUAUAAAUCCCUUUUUUCCUCUCCUUAUCUUACUUCUCUCUGACUGUUCAGACUUGAUGCUCACUGUCCUGUCAGAGAUUCUGCAUAGGAAUGAAGCAGGUUGUUUUGUGCCAAAGCGAGGUCAUUUCAAUGGCAAUAUUGCUGCCGGUAUCUUUAUUUGGCCAAGAAUAUUCUGUGAGAUCGCAUCUCAUAUUCAGUUUUGUCUUCAAACACAAAGAAACACUAGUUUCAGGUCAUACAAAGUUGCUUCAUUUCCAGCUUUGCUACAGUUUACUGCGCAUGAAAAUGCAUCCUGAAUUGUUAUCCCUGCUCCAAAUCAAAUAGGAAACUGAAAUAAAUGCAAAUCAGUUUUUUUUCUUUAUUAUGAUUUUUCACCGAGUGUGCACCGCCUGACUGUAUCUCAAUAUGAAUCCAUGAAGAUGGCUACUGCCUCUGUAAAACCUGAGGGGAUUUCAGCAUCACAUCUUGACAGCAAUUAGUGGCACAAUCUGUUUCAUGCUUGCUGAUAUAACUAGGCUCUGGACAGAUCUCAUACUGAAGUGUUACAAUGUUCUGUACAUCUUAAUAUUAUUCAACUGUGGAAGAGGAGAACAUACACAGGACUCAGCCUACAAAAAUCCACUGUGCUUUUUAAGCAGAUGUUUCAAUCAAAAAAAAAAAAUAGAUAACAUGAUUUUUCACCUUACUGUGGCCUUUCGUGUAACAAUCUGGAGUUUUUUUGUGUCCAUGGCUUCCUAUCUGGGGUGUUAUAGAGAUAUUUAUAUCUGUAACGUUUUGGUAAAAAAAAAAAAGAAUAAACAAAAGACAGAAAGAAACACAUGAGAAUGCAAAGACAAAAUUAGGUUUUAACAAUUCAGCUCGAUCAAUUCUUCAAAAUCAAACGUGACAAAAAGAAAACAUAUCUGUAACAUUCACCAAAGCCUGUGAUGCCUGUUUUAAAUAAUAGAAUCUUGUACAAAACAUAUAAAAUAGCAGAAAAGACUUACAGAUACAAACACAAAAUGAAGAUAAGAAAUGCCUUCAAAUAUUCUGGAGGGGAGGAUUUAAAAAAAAGUAAAAGAAAUGCUUCUUUAAGAAAAUGUGUAUGUUUUUUAUUCGAUUUUCUAGUAGUUGCAAACAAAACUUGGUGUUUUUCUCUUUGUGUGUUGUGUGUUGUCUUAAUAUUUGAAUGUAUUUUACUGCAGUGCGAAUUUGCCAAAGAUAUCAUAUCACUUGAUUUCUCUCCUUUAUUUUUUCUUUAUUUUUUUGUUCCUGACUUGUGACCAAUUUUGUUCAGAAAACUGGAAAUAAAUGGUGAAUUUGACAUUAUGCUUUUUAAUUUUUUUAAUUUUACAUAUUUCUAUUGUUAAUAUUAUUGUUAUUUUAUUUCCUGGGUUUGAGUUUACUGUGAAAUAUUAAAUUGCAGUUUGCUUGAUGCAUCUCUUCAUACUCUCUUCAUGUCUGUGUACCUGUCCAUCCGUCCACCUGAGUGACUGUUGUUGGUGAAUUAUUCCAUUUAUGUACCUGUAAUGUGAAGCUAAGAAGUAAUUAUUUGUAAAUAUUUGCCAUAAUUUUAUUGGUCCUUCAGAAUAAAAAAUAAUUUUUUGGAA